AAAACAUCACGAGUUUUCUUAAUGCUUCAUCGCGUAACAAUAACAGCGAAACAACAUGGCUGAUAAUAAACCUUCGCCGUACCCGCAACAGCAACCUCCGCCGGGAGCAGAGUACCCUCCUCCAGCCUAUGGAGGCCCUACGCAGCCAGCGUAUCCGCCGCCCGCUCCUCCCGGCUACCCAGGUUAUGCAGCUCAACCCGGCUACCCUGGCACAGCAACAACGACCACCAUUAUUCAUCAGCAACCGACGGCUGUUGCAAUUUCUGCGAUCGGCUUCGGCGAGUCACCGGUGGCAAUGUCAUGUCCUGCCUGCAAACAGAGCAUUGUAACAGCGACGACCUAUGUGACGGGAACUUUAACUUGGCUUGCCUGCCUCGGAUUGUGUGUUGUUGGAUGUGAUCUUGGUUGCUGUUUGAUCCCAUUUUGUUGUGAUCCCAUGAAAGAUGUGAUACACAUUUGUCCCUCUUGCGGUGCCCAAGUAGGAGUGUUUCGUCGAAUGUAAGAAACUCACUGAUGGCAAAACAGAGGCAACGAUUCAUACGACGACUUUCGUAGACAAGCAAACACUAAAUAUAAAAAUUAGCGUUAACUGACUGGGAAUUUUAUGCGAAAAAACCUUUUAACCGCUUUUCUGUAACUUUUAUGUUAAGAUUUAAAGCGCAUUAGAUUUGAGCACAAACGAUAGUUAAAAUUAAGGCCAUUUUUUUUGUCUCAAAGUCAAUAUAAAUUUUUGUGCAUGCGACGGCCAAAUUUAAUAUUUUAACUUGAUGGAAAACCACAAAAUAUUCGUUUGGCUUGAAAAAAAGACCAAGUAAUUGAUCAUCUACACUUUCUGUCAGAUAGAAAAUGCUGAGAUGAAGAAAACGAACUAUACCCCUCAUUCCUAAUAUUGCUUUUGUUGUCUCAGUUUCUGCUCACAGAAAUGGUCCUUACAAAGUUUUUAAAUCACUCUUCACAAAAAGUUAGUGAAAAGAUAGAUUUUUCUCAUUUCCCAGUCAUAAAGUUAAAAUUUAUGCUUUUAUUUCUUAUCGCGCUGUUAAGAGCCUAUAGAUAUGGAAAAAGAAAACGCAAAUGAUGAGUUAAUUUGUUAUCAAAGAACACUGACUGUUAAGAUUUGAAGAACGUAAAUUAUAUGAUUAGAUUGAGCAGAAAGCGCUUUCUCUGCAAAGGUGUUUUCGACUAAGAAAGGGCGAAGUACACUUUAUUCGUCUUUCCUUUGGAGGUCAAGAGACAUGUUUAAAUGGUUAAAGAAUUGAAAUUGUUUCAACAGUAACACAUGUUCAAUCUUAGAAACGUGUAGUUCUUUUACAGAAUAUGCAUAACGUCAACUAUGAAAUAAAUGCCACUAGUAAAUCACG